AUGGAUAUUGAGAAUAGAAACUAUAAAAAUAUAAAAAAAGUAAUAAUUAAAAUUAAAAAGAAAGUUAAUACUUCAAAUAAAGCUUCUGCGUUCCCUAUUAAAUUAUUGAAUAAUCAUAAACUAAAUUUAUCAGUACCGUUGACAUCUAAAAAUACUCAAAAAACACUUGGUGCUAAUCUAUAUCAAAAUAUAGAUCUUAGUUCAGAAAGACUUCUGAAAUUAGCCCCGUAUCCAAUCUUAGAUACUGAUCCUGGCUUGAAAAAUUUAAAUUUCUCAAGUAAAUUAUCCAGAUAUCCUCAUUCAAUAGAUACUCAAAAAACACUUAGUGCUAAUCUACAUCAAAAAAUAGAUCUUAGGUCAGAAAGACUUUUGAAAUUAGCUUCGGAUCCAAUUUUAGUUACUGAUCCUAGGUUGAAAAAUUUAAAUAUCUCAAAUAAAUUAUCCACAUCUCCUCAUUCACUAGAUACUCAAAAAACUCUUGGAGCUAAUCUACAUCAAAAUAUAGAUCAAAGUUCAGAAAGACUCCUGAAAUUAGCUCCGUAUCCAAUCUUAGGUACUGAUCCUGGCUUGAAAAAUUUAAAUUUCUCAAAUAAACUAUCCAGAUCUUUACAUUCAAUAGAUACUCAAAAAAUACUUGGUGCUGAUCUACAUCAAAAGAUAGAUCUCAGUUCAGAAAUACUUCCGAAAUUAGCUCCGGAUCCAAUCUUAGGAAAUUGCGAACAAGAAAAUAUUUCUGAACCACAUUCAGCCCUAAGAUUAAGUUUAUUUUCAAGUGUACCUCCAUACAUACGAUUUUCUUCGCAUGAUGUAAAAGGUGAAUCAUUUCCAAUAGCUUUGAAAGUACUGCUGAAAUGGGAAAUAAAUUGCAUGACUCCAAUUGUUGUACGUCAUACCAUUCAAAACAGUGAUUUUAAAUUAGUGGGAAAAUCUAAUGAUUGGUUUGGAACAUGGGGUAAACAUAUGAAAUCGUUAAAUUUUAAAACUCUUCGUGAUCAACAAAAAUUUAAUCAUUUUCCGGGAACAUUUGAAAUUGGACGUAAAGAUAGAUUAUGGAAAAACUUACAUAGGCUCAUGUUGAUAUAUGGUAACGAUCAAUUCGGUAUUAUACCUACAUCAUACAUAUUACCUCGUGAUGUUAGAAGUUUAAAACAAGUCUGGAAGAAAAAUGAUAAAUGGAUUGUUAAACCGCCAGCAUCUGCUAGAGGAACUGGAAUUUGUGUGAUAUCAAAAUUAAGUCAAAUACCAAAUAAUGAACAUUUAGUUGUACAAAGGUAUAUUGACAAUCCUUAUUUAAUCAAUGAUACAAAAUUUGAUUUAAGACUAUAUAUCCUCAUUACUUCAAUCAAUCCUCUCCGGCUUUAUCUAUAUGAUAAUGGGCUUGUACGAUUUGCUUCAGUCAAGUACUCAUCUGAUCUUACUACUAUAUCUGAUCGAUAUAUGCAUUUGACUAACUACAGUAUAAACAGACUCAGUAGUCAGUAUACUCAAAAUGAAGAUGCUGAUGCAUGCCAAGGACAUAAAUGGACAUUGCGAUCAUUGUGGACUUACAUGGAAAAAGAGCGUAAAAUUGAUGUUAAAAAAUUAUGGGAUAGUUUGGCCGAUUUAGUUGUUAAAACAGUAAUCAGUGGUGAAUUGCCUAUGAGCCAAAUGUGUUCAUCAAACCUAGGCAACCGAUACAACGCAUAUGAGUUAUUUGGGAUUGAUGUAUUGUUUGAUGAAAAUCUAAAGCCUUGGAUAUUAGAAGUUAACAUAUCUCCUUCUCUUCAUACUUCUUCUCCACUUGACGUAGCAGUCAAAGGGCCAUUAAUUAAAGACUUAAUGAAUGUGGUUGGUUACCAUAUACCAAAUAAAAUGUCACUUACUACGAAUAAUAUAUUACUCAAAAUGUUAGGAGUCAAUUCACCACUAUGUUAUGAUAAAAGAUUAUAUACAUUUAAUUUAUCAGCUAAAGAAAGAAAAAAACAAGAAUAUUUUGCAAAUGUUGAAUCUAGAGAAAAAUAUAUUGACACCAUAUUAGAAGAUCUUUUACCAGAUGAUGUUCGACAUCUUAUUACAUAUGAAGAUGAACUUACUGAAAUUGGAUCAUUUCAAAAAGUGUUUCCAACUACUUCAUCCUUUAAAUAUCAUGAAUUCUUUGAUGGUCCCAGGUAUUAUAAUAUGCUUUUUGAUGCAUGGGAAUGUAAAUAUAGUAAUAAAAGAGAAGAAGGUAUUGCUGUGUUAGAAAAAUUGUGUCAGUUAAAAGUUCAUUUAGAAGUGUCAGACAUCAACGAAGAACAACCAAAAACUUGUGACACUCUCCAAAAUACACAAAUGGAAGUUGAAAUAUCAGAUAUUGAUAAAUUGAAUGACCAUCAACAAACGAAAUUUCUCGAGAGGCUGGGGAAUAUUCCCUGUUCCCGUGAACAUUCCUUGGGGAAUAUUCUUAGUGGCACAUCACUAGUCAUGAUCAAAAAAUGUAUGAUAACAUUUGCUAGCAGUGAAGUAAGCCUAAAAUUAUGGUGACCAUACGUACUCUUU